UGGGCCCAGUCAAUCACCCCCUGUCUGAUUUUCGGCUGUUUGGAUGGCCUGGAAAGGCUCGGGGUGGCCUUGAGGCAGCUCGCGCUUCAAAGGAUGAGAAGAGGCUUCAAAUCUUUUCUCGGUCUCUGUGUUUAUUAAUUGCUUAUCUAAAAGAUUUUCUUUCAGCCUGACAGAGGUCUGCUCAGCAGCCAGCCAUGAGCACACUCCCCUCCCUCCGGGGCGGUCACUUAUUAUCUUUAUACUCAAAGUUACGUAUACAAUAUUUAUCAUUUUUCUUCAAUACUUUUUACUCUUAUUAACCAGUGCACUUUUAGUAAUGACUAAUCUCAAAGUGCUACUAUCACUACAGAAGAUGGAGGAGAAGAAGAAGAAGAAGAAGGACAGGACACGCUCUAAUUUUUCUAUUUUACUUCUCUAAACCCCCCUGUACAGAAAUCUUAAACUCUGUGUUUCACUCUCUAAUUAACUUAUCUCUUCACCAUUCACUCCGGUGAAAUCCUCCUAUCCUCAUACAGGUGUCGUCUCCUGUGUAGGAUCAAAGUCCAGCUACCAGACACUGCUGGCAACAUUCCAGGACUCUUGAGCCCCCCCAAGGGUGGUUUCGGUGACUCGGCACCUCAGUCCUGAGGUGCUGGGAUCUCACAACCCCCCACUCCUCCCAACUUUCCAGAGUCUUCUUCUCUCUGGGGGUUGUGGUUGGCUGUGGUCCCCGGACCCCUCCUCUCCUUUGUAUUCAUUGGAUUCCCCUUUACGUCAGUUAUGUUAAGUUCAUCCCUCCACCCUUCCUGAUUGGUUCAGUGUAAACCCCUCCUUUGUACACCCACCCCCUUUAUAACCUUGUUUCACCCCAAUUUCUUGGUCUCUCCUUGGGGUUUUUCCUUGGGGUCCUUCCCUGGGGCCUCUCCUUGGAUGUCAUCCUGGGUUGUUCAUCAGACCGGACCUAACCCCAUGGAGAGUCCAGCUCCUGAUUCACAGUCACACUGGCAGUGAGAUCGGUCCCAGGCGAGCAUGGCCCGAGGCCCUCACACGCCGAGGGGUGCUCGCUGAUUGCAGCGGGGUGUCGGCCUGCCCUCUGUGAGCCGGACCCAUCCCAGGCCAGAUACACCCUCGCCACAUUCAGCAGUAGGGUUUACAAACUGAUUUUCAAGUUACCAGCUUACUUGUUCAGUUGCCUGUUGCUUAGAAGGAAACAAAAAAGAAACUUCUUUACAUUAGUGUGGUGUUCAUGUUUCUUUAAGAAAUGUCUAACAGGGUGUGGCAUUUGCACCAAAAUGUGGUUAAUAGCAGCAAGCUAAUUAGCUGACAUAACCACUUUUUUGUGUUUUCUGUUUUCUUUUUCUUUGUGUCAUUCACUAGCAGAAAAGCAAAAGUCUGGGAACACUGCAAGAGGCUUACAUCUGAAACUGCAAAUAUAAUCCAUGUUGUUACAGGGAAGCCUUGGCUGUGAUAAUGCCAAGAUAUAGAGGCAAAUGGUUGAUUGCUACCUUUUCAAAGGCAGCCUGCUCAAUCCAAAUAGUGCUAGAAAGGAUUUGUUACAGUUUGUACUGGGAAGAAGAGGAGCUGGACGGUUUGUGGGUUGCUUCUAAAUGCUCAUCUUCAUUAAACUGACAGACUGUAGCACUGUGUGACCCAGCUCCUCAGAGCUAUUGAAAAGUAAGGGUACACCUGUACAUAGGCUCAAAACAUGCAAACCAUGGCCUUUCAGAUUGACAUUGUCACAUGGGAAUUAAACCUAAAGCUCUUCAAAGUUGUCUCAUGUUUGCAUAAGUGUGUUUGUUAUGUUUGCAUGUAGGGAGAAAAAUUCAAUUUUGUUACAUGUUCAAAAGAAGCCCUUUGUAUAUUCUGGUAAUUCUACAACAGUUAUUUGAAGUGAAUCUCUGUUUCUUUUUCCCAGUUAAAAGAAAUGGAGCAGUCUCAUCUAGAAGCUACAGAAAAAGAAGUAGAGAGGAUCUUGAGAAUACUGCAAACUCAUUUUGAAAAUGAUCCUAAUACAUCCAUUUCCUUCUUUGAUUUUGUGGUUGAUCCGAACUCGUUUGCACGGACUGUGGAAAAUAUGUUUCAUGUGUCCUUCCUUGUCAGGGAUGGUCUUGCAGAAAUAAAGCUGGAUGAAGAUGAAUUGCCAAUAAUAGAGCCUGUCAAACCCAGAGAGGGGGAGGAGGAGAGCAGAGCUGCAGCACGGAACCAGGUGGUCAUAAGUCUGGACCAGAGCCAAUGGAAGGUACCAUGGACAGCACUUCAUGCUUUGGAGCAGUUCUGUUUUCUUUUUUUCUUUAAGCCUCUGAGAGCUGUGCUGGGGAGGGCAGCUGUUCUGUGUGCAGAAACAAUGCUCUUGACCUUAUGGCUGCCAGAACAGUCACAGAUCUAAGGGAUGGUUGUAGCUGCAGGAAAACUGAGAAUUUGGGUUGUGAUGCCAUCUUUGAUUCCUGAAGCCUGGUCAGUUUAAGUGUUUUCAAGCUGUGCACUGGCUUCACUGUUUUAUACAAGGCCUGGGUCAAUAUGGUGUUGAGAAUUUAGUUGCUAAAGACUAGAAAAGUACAAAAUCGUGGCUAAUUCCAAGUCCUGCACCUGUGAGAUAGCAGUGUCCUUGGGCCUAGCUGUAGUAAGAUAACAAACAGUGAA